AUGUUUUCUCGUUUAAAAUAUCAUUUUAAAACUACAAUUAUAGUAAAGAACAUUUACAAUAAUUGGAAAAUAAACCGCCCAUUUUCUACAUAUUUACCUUCACCAGUUGGUCAUCUGAAAAAGGAUCGAACAACUCGUUUAUUUAUCAAUGGAGAAUUUGUUGAAUCAAAGACUGAUAAUUGGAUUCCUGUUUAUAAUCCUGCAACUAAUGAAUUAGUAACCAGCGUUCCGGAAACUACACCGCGAGAAUUGAAUGACGCGGCAGAAUCUGCCGCCGAAGCAUUUAAAUCUUGGCGAAAAACUACAAUUCUCACUAGACAACAAAUAUUAUUAAAUUUACAGCUUUUAAUCCGCGAAUAUACCGAUAAAAUAGCGAAUUCUAUCACUGAAGAACAAGGCAAAACCUUAGCUGACGCAAAAGGCGAUGUUUUACGUGGCAGACAAGUAGUAGAGAACGCAUGCGGUAUUACAAAUCUGCUUAUGGGUGAACAAUUAGCUGUAGCUACAGAUAUGGAUACAUACACCAUGAGAGAGCCAUUAGGAGUUACGGCUGGUAUUUGUCCAUUUAAUUUUCCUGCUAUGAUACCGUUAUGGAUGUUUCCUUUGUCUAUUGCUGCUGGAAAUACAAUGAUUAUUAAACCUAGCGAACGUGAUCCGGGUGCUAUGAUGAUACUUGCUCAAUUGGCGAAAGAAGCGGGUGUCCCAGAUGGUGUCUUGAAUGUUGUUCAUGGAUCUGUCGGAACUGUAAAUUUUUUGUGCGAUAAUGAACAUGUUAAAGCGAUCUCAUUUGUAGGGAGUGACAAAGCGAGGUACUUCACAUGGAAAGAGAGUACAGGUGCAAAAAAUCACGGUGUUAUAAUGUCAGAUUCCAAUAAGAACCAUACCUUAAAUCAAUUAACUGGUGCUGCUUUUGGUGCUGCGGGACAACGCUGUAUGGCGUUAUCCACCGCUGUUUUUGUCGGGGAAGCACGGGAAUGGCUUCCUGAACUCGUGGAACGUGCCAAAAAGCUCAAAAUAGCUGGAGGAUUUGAACCUGAUGUCGAUAUUGGACCCUUAAUAUCCCGAGAUGCGAAAGCACGUGUCGAAAGGUUGAUUCAAAGCGGGGUUAAUCAAGGAGCAAAAUUAGUGUUGGAUGGACGUAAUCCGAGAGUUCCUGACAAAUAUAAAAAUGGAAAUUUUAUUGGGCCAACCAUUUUGUCUAAUGUUACUAUAGAUAUGGAUUGUUACAAAGAGGAAAUAUUUGGACCAGUCCUUGUUUGUUUAGGCGUUGAUACAUUAGACGAAGCAAUUGACUUGAUCAACAAAAAUCCUUAUGGAAAUGGAACAGCUAUUUUCACAAAUAAUGGAAGCAACGCUCGAUAUUUCAUACAUAAUAUUGAAGUCGGACAAGUUGGCAUUAAUGUACCUAUUCCUGUUCCUUUGCCGAUGUUUUCAUUCACUGGAAAUCGCGCUUCUAUCCAAGGAGAUGUUAAUUUUUAUGGAAAAUCUGGUUUACAAUUUUAUACACAAUAUAAAACUGUAACUGCCUUAUGGAGACAUGAAGAUGUAAAUCAUACAAAAUCUGCUGUUAAUAUGCCUACAAUGUAUUAA